UCAAUUGACAUUUUCUCCAAAACAUAAACAAUCUCGUUUUCAUACUCUUGAUUUUCUGCAUUGGCCAAGCGGAGCAGAAGGCAGGAGAUGUGUACUUAAAUCGUCACUUUAUUACAUUUUUGAAACAAAAGCAGUGUUCUACAUAACGUGCUGAAGAUGGACAAGUUAACUACAAUCAGUGCGGGUCUGUUUAUGGCGGCGGAUGUGUGCGCUAUCGUCAGCUUGGCGAUGCCCGACUGGAUUGUGACCAGUGUUGGAGGCGAAACGCGCUUGGGAUUGAUGUGGACAUGUAUGACACUCUAUAAUAGGCCGCAGGUGUGCUUUACACCGGAACUGCAACCGGAAUGGUUCUUUGCACUGAUAUGCAUUUUCGUGGGUUGUAUUUGCAUCACCACUACCAUUAUUCUGCUGGCAUCUAGCAACUGGGACCGUAAUGUGAUUCCCUAUGCACGGUGGGUCGGCUUCACGGCAAUGGUGCUGUUUUGUCUUGCGGCAGUAAUAUUCCCCCUCGGAUUUCACAUCGAUGAAAUAGGUGGCCAACCGUACCAUUUGCCACAUUCACAUCAAGUUGGAAUAUCGUACAUAAUGUUUGUUCUGGCUCUGUGGAUCACGGUUAUAUCGGAGCUGUUUGCAGAGAAGGUGUGUCUGCCACAGUUUUAAGCUGCAAGCAGCACCAGCAGCGACGGUCCGACGGCGACGAAAGCUUCGAACGCAUACCGAUGAAUCUCAUAAUUAUGCUGUAUUAAUGUCUCCCCUCUCCAGUGCUUGAAUAUUGAAUCGAUUGAUCAUACUUCUUGAUUUCCUAGUGAUGGAAUUGAACGAUAGGUUUAUAGGCUGACUAAUCAACCAAAAGAGAAAAGAAAAAAAGCUGUAUUUCUAAUAGCGAACUAGGAUAUUAUUUAGUUAAGAUAAGCUAAUGAGUUCGUAUUGUAUUAGUGAGAAAUAAAAUUGCUGUGCGAUAUUUAUUUUUUACACCUUA